CUGGACACACCACCCUGUCGCUCCACCACCCUAACCCGAAUCUAAAUACUGCUUCCCGCCCUCCACGCCGCCUUCAACGCCCGCCUUUGGGCUGGUUGCCAUGUAGAACAAGAACGCGGGCGCAGGAAGCAGCUAACAGGCAAGCUCGACAUCUCCGCACCAGCUUGCCACCAAGCGGAGAAAGAGAGGUAACCCCAGCGCCCACGCACUCGCCCACCUCCAUGUCCAGCUGUCUUCCUUGCCAUGCCAUCCCACCUCCCUCCCAGGGCGACAUCAUCUGCUAGUCCCAGAGCUCUACAUGCGAACAAAUGUUUAUCCAUCGACUCGAACCUCUGCCACCCAUACCUUCGCUCGACAUACCCCGCACAAACACAACCCCUACCCAACCGAGGCGAGCGUCCGGGAAAGCCUACGUCAAGCCGCCGCCAAUCGCUGCCAGUCUGUCGCCCUCUUCUCUCGUCCGGACCUCUUUCUUACAACCUGUCGCACCCCUGCGCCUGAACCCCGCUCCAAACAAAGCCUGAAAGGAAACCCGUCUCGAGAGGGCGGGACUGAGCGUGCGAGCUGGAUCCUGAAUGGACUCGCUCCAGGCGCCUGGCUGAACCCGCGACCGCGCCGCCGAGGGACGACGCUGGUCUCGAGCUCGCGACAUUGGGAAAAUCUAAAUCGCCUUCCGUGGCCACGGCCAUUGUCUCGUCCUCUCUCCGCCCCAAGACUGGUUCCGCAACCAGUCUGGGUCCCGUCACGAGGAGAGAAUGCCCGCUGCUGCUGCCGCGACCGCCGAUGACCAUGGGCGCGCAUUCCAACACACGACCGUGAUCAUGCCUUCAAAUGGCAGCAACAGAGAGACUGGCGGCAGAGAUUCGAACAGGGGCAGAAGAGAGAGCGAUAUGAUCAAAAUGCAGCAAGCGGCGGCGCACAACAGUCCAAUGCUCAGGUUCGCCAAACGCUACAGGACUGAGGUGGCGGCCAGCAUGUCUAGUGCACUGUCUACUGCCGCCGCCUUCCCCCUUGAUAGUGUCAAGACCCGCAUGCAAACUUACAAAUACUCUGGAUUCAUCGACUGCGUCCGCCACACCUACCAGACCGAGAAGCUAAGGGGCUUUUUCAGAGGUGUGACCGCACCAAUGAUUAGUAUCACUUGUGUGCGCACCUUUUCGCUCUCCAUCUAUAACCGCUCCCGCACGUCGUACUCUAGGUUUCUGAAGGAGAGAUUCGAUAUUGAUGUGGUGGCUCAGAUUCGCAAGAAGGGUGCCUACCCAAACUUUUGGACACUGGCAACUACUGGUGCUGCGGGGGCCACAGCCGGCUCCCUCAUUACCGUGCUCGCAUGCCCCUUUGAGCUGUCCAAGCUUAGCGCCCAGGUCUCUGUCCUCCUGUCGGAUCGGAAGAAUUGCCCCAACCCGAAGGACUACGCGGUUGCUGCGAGCUACCAGAACAAGGGGACGUGGCAGACGAUGAGAAACAUCGUCAGACACCGGGGUCUCACGGGUCUGUAUACGGGAUUCCGGCUGCAUAUCCUGCGGGACACCCUGGGAACUGGACUGUAUUUCAUGACGUAUGAAAGCGCCAAACAGAUACUCACGACACUUUCUGGCAGCAGCCAUGCGAGCCCCGGCCCGGUCCUGAUUUCUGGCGGACUCUGCGGUAUCGUGUCAUGGGCCAUGAUCUACCCAAUCGACUCGGCCAAGAGCAUCUACCAGCGAAAUGCCCUGAUGAGAUCAAAAGGCCAGAGGGUAGAAACAGUCAAAAUCCAGUUCUUCCAGAGGAAUAUGUACCGCGGACUAGGCGUGUCUAUGGGACGUUCCUGCGCCGUCAACGCCAUUUUCUUUUCUCUUUUUGAGCUCGCCAAGAAACGCAUCAAGACGAUGGAUGAUGCAGAGUAAGACCCAAGUCGCGUGGCCAUGGCAUCAUAGAGUCGAGCUUGUGCCUUGUGGUCUGGGACCUUUCCUCUUCUUUCCGUCUCUUCUGUGUCUCUGCUGGUUCGUUUCACCAUCUUCUGAUCGUUAUCUGCCGUCUUGAUACCUUUUCCCUUGUUAUCUCAUCCGGGCUGUUUCGCUGUUUCAUUUGUCGGUUUGUCCUUUUUCACCUUUUACUUUCACAUUUGUGUCUUUUUUCUUCUGUUUUUCUUUUUAUGUUUUGUUUUGCACCUCGGCAUUGACUGCACCGGGAACCCUGCGCUUGGUGCAUUAACUAGGAAACGGGAUGGCCUGCAUAUCAAAGGUGGCGUUUGUGUCUCUGGUCCUUCUUUUGUUUUCCCUGUGUACUUUUUUUUAACGAAAGUCAACGACCGUUUCGGCGCUCAGGAUGAUGAAAAGGCUGGCCCAAAGUUGGGGAACAGCUGCAGAUGGGUGGGAAACAGCUGCCGGAAAUGAGGGAUGAUUGUCCUCUCGCACAAGAACCAGGAAGACGGACGGUCGACAUGUACAACAACAAUCAUAUAUCAGCCCUGGCCCUCAUGGCAUGUAUAUAUGAGGGCCGCGACUGUGUAUCGGUCUGAAAGUGAAUAUCCGCAAUUGACGUGAAUGGUAAUAUUUAGCUGUAAGAUAGGACUUUUGCG